ACCAUGUCUCCCCUUUGUUACAGUACACUGCUCCAGAGGGCUCGGCAGAGGCGGUCUCUCGCUCGUUGCCGGGGGGCAAGAACCCGGUCAGCAUGCUGAUGGAAUACGGGCAGAAAUCGGGGCACCCCUGCGAGUUCCUCACCGUUGCCCAGCAGGGGCCUGCUCACGACCCCAGGUUUACAUUCCAGGUGAAAGUGGGGGACCACGUCUUCCCGCCGGCUGUGGCCAACAGCAAGAAGCUGGCGAAGCAGCUGGCGGCGGAGGUGGCCGUGAAGGAGCUGAUGGGUGAUGGGAAACGCGGGCUGGCACCCAGCAAGGUACGGCGACCCGCCCCCACGCGCACACGCGUGAUUAUCCUGGAGGACUACGCUGACCCCUACGACGCCAAGAGGACAAAGGAGCAGCGCGAGGCGGAGCGCGCUGGCGAGAACGACGGCUACAUGGAGCCUUACGACGCCCAGCAGAUGAUCACGGAAAUCCGCCGGCGUGGCUCCAAGGACCUGCUGGGGAAGACCAGCCUGCUGCUGGAGCCGGGAGAGGCGGGGGGAGGCGAAGACCCGGGGGGGGGCAGACCGCCGCCUCCGCAGCUCUACGACACCCCCUACGAACCGGCUGAGGGGGAGCCGGCCGAGAGGAGGGGCCCCCGCCCCGAGAAUGAUGAGCGACCCCCCGCAGAGUACGAGCAGCCCUGGGAGUGGAAGAAAGAGCAGAUCGUGAAGGCCUUGUCAGUGCAGUUCGAGAGCGCUGAGCGGCCCCCCGUCUCCAAGGAGGACGUCCCCUUCAGCCGACAGCACCUGCGCCAGAAGAGCUGGACACAGAAGAUCCUGAAGCCCCUCCCUCUGGCAGCCAGCACCGAGGGCGCUGAGACCGCCCGGGUCGACCCCACUCUGCCGCUGGAGAAACAGAGCUGGUUCCACGGCUCGGUGUCGCGGCAGGAAGCAGAGGCACAGCUCCAGGCCUGUAAGGAUGCCAGCUUCCUGGUGAGGAACAGUGAGUCAGGCCACAGCAAGUACUCCAUCGCCCUCAAGUGA